GGUUGCAUUGUAAGAUGGAAAAAUAUUGUGUGUUUUUUACAAUCAUAAAACAACCUAAUCAAACCAAACAACACAAAUAAUUUAUAAGGUCAUCGAAUACAGUUAUUCAAAGACCUAACAAAACAUGUUUUCACCUAGAGAAAAUUGAUUUGUAGUUUGUGAAUCCUUAACUCGAUGAAAAUUUAUCGUUUUGUUAUAGUGGGCCGUGGCCCAACGUAUUCCGGCCCAGAACCGAGUUCUUAUUUUCUAGUCUCGAAAAGUCGAUAUGUUGUCGGUUGUCCCCAGAUGGACCUUUGUGCUGUAGCUUCAGUUUUCGUGUGAACACAGACCAGACUUGAAACUCCCACUCAAUCCAAUUUUCCCGCCACUGCGCCCAAAUUCACACGAAUCCUUUGCCACAUCUCAUCGUUCCCAUCGGAGUCUUGCAAAUCCACUGGAUCUACACCGCAAACAACCCUAGAUCUGUUGAAGUUUAUCUGGAAGACAUGUCCGGCCAAUCCGACCCUCGAGGUUCAACAUUUUCAGCCGCUGAGUUGGAGUUUUUAGCGGAGGAUGAAACAAUAGAGAUUGUUCCGAACUUAAGAAUGGAGCGCCUCAGUUUGAUCUGCGGUGAUUUUGGACCAUUUCGGCCCCAAAUAGCUACUCAAGUUCCAAUUUGGUUAGCUGUCGCUUUGAAGAAGCGAGGAAAGUGCACAAUUCGACCUCCAGAUUGGAUGUCUGUUGAAAAGUUGACUCAAGUAUUGGAAGCAGAGCGUGACUCAGCAAGUUCUUUUGAAGCACUCCCAUUUCAUUAUGUUGAGAUCUCAAGGCUUCUUUUUGAUGAUGCACGUGAUGACAUUCCUGAUGUAUAUAUGGUAAGAUCUCUAAUUGAAGACAUAAAAGAUGUAAGGUUUCACAAAAUAGGCACUGGUUUAGAGAAGCUCUCAUCUCGAACAUAUGCUAUGAAGUUGAAUUUAUCUGCAAUGGAAGUAAAUGUAAUAAGACCAUUUGUAACUGGAGGGCUUGAGACAUUUUACAAACUUGGGAAUCCGGACUUGAUCCAAGAAUCAUCAGAUAGACCCGAACACAGACGACCCCAACCAGCUGAUCGUGGACCAAGGCGUGAAUUGAGACGAUAAACACCUUCUUCAGCAUCUUGAAAAGUCCUUUUGGAUUUAUGGAUUGAGAAACUUAACUUAUGUUUGACUAUUUUCAUAUAUAUCUCGAAAUUAUUUAUAUGAGUGAAAUUACUAUUUUACCCUUGCUUAAUUGUGCUGAAACAAAGAAUCUUCUUCAAUUACUUUGUUAUGUUACUAAUCUUCCA